GUCCACACAUUUUCAAUUCACGGUCUCUCUCUUUUCAAAUUUCAGUUGGAUUUCUUCGUUUCUACUCUUUUUUGUUCCUUUUUUGGUAAGAUGUUCAUGCGUUGUCGAUCGAGUAAAGGGUCUCCCCAGAAAAUCAGAAGUUAAAACACUACAACUCACGUUCAUCAGCAACCUCCGUUGCGAUCCAACCCGUUUUGUGUAUAUUAAACACCCAUUUCCCAGUUCAUACGUUCAUCCAAAUCUUCCGAAAGUAUCAUUUCUUCCCCUUUUGUUCGUCUCUGCUGCAUUUGAUUUCAAAAUCCUCUGAAGUUUGUGGGGUUUUGGUGUUUUCAUCUGGGUGUGAAAUCGAUCGCACUAAUUGAUUUGGUGAAAAAAAGGGUUUCUGUGAUUCAGUGGGUGGGUGACUUCUUGUGCAUUGGUAAUGUUCUUGAUGACGGCGGCGCUUUGCUGUUGAAGCGACGGAGGAGUGUUCUUGUGGUUUAAAAUUUCUUGUUGAUGAUUCUUCACGGCUCCGUCUUCUCCAUUUGCAGGGAUGCUGCUGGAGUCGCCGGGCACAUCUUUGCUUUUGGGCUGUUCUUGUCACCUCUAGAUACGUUUCGACGUGUUAUCCGAAACCAAACAACCGAACAGUUUUCGGGUUUGCCAUAUAUAUAUGCUUUGUUGAACUGCCUCAUUUGUCUAUGGUAUGGCACCCCCCUCAUUUCCCCAAGAAACACGAUGGUCGUGACGAUCAACUCGAUCGGCGCGGUGUUUCAGUUAGUCUACAUCUUUCUCUUCAUCACAUAUGCUGAAAAGGGAAGAAAGAUGAAAAUGAUUGGAUUGUUGCUUGCAGUGUUUGCCAUUUUCAUAGCUAUUGUUGCAGGGAGCUUACAGAUAGCUAACGUCCCUUUGCGACGAAAUGUCGUCGGGAUCUUGAGUUGUGCAUCUCUCGUAUCGAUGUUUGCUUCUCCAUUGUUCAUAAUC